AUGUCUGGAUGCCUAACGCAAAAGACAAACAGUGGAGACCAAAUAGCCUUUGGGACAGCUCAAGACAACAAGACGGCAGAAGAGGAAGGGGAUUGGAAGCGGGCUAGCUGGCUGGCUGUUUGGCCUGGCCUGGUCGCCCGCGCCCCAGACCUGCAUCUCGAUUCUGUCCCCUGCGGCGCGGGAGAACCCCCUUCGCGGCUUCGCCUCGUGCUUUCGUACUUUGUGCCUCCCCUCCUUCCCGUCCGUCCUCCCAUCUCUCUCCCCGACCUGCGCGGUACAUCGUGUGCUUACACGUUACAACGGGUUCUUGUUUAUCAGAUCACGCUCGGUGGAAGCGGCCACGAGAAGGUGACAAAACCCCAGACGGCCCGCCAGUACCAUCAACCACCGUCACAACAUGAACCCAAGAGGUGGGAAGCAGAUGGAGUCAAGGUCCCCGGGACUUUCAUCUUUCUCGCUUGA